CAAUUUCAAACCCCAUAACUUUAUCUUCAGUUGCUUUAUUAGGCAAACGUAAACCCAGAACAAGAACACCACCUUCACCUUCACAAGCUAGCUCCUCUGCAUUUCUUUUAACUAUGAAAUUUCUUUUUCUCGUUUCCAUUUUGGCCACACUGGCCAUGGUAGUCAACUGUUCCCGCAUUACAGCAAAAGCACCAUCGCCUUUGUCACUUCUUCCACCUGCACCAUCCACAGAGGAUGAUUGUACCACUGUUAUAUAUGAUAUGAUAGACUGUGUGCCCUAUUUGAGCGUAGGCAGUAAUGAUAAGCUGGAUCCGUUGUGCUGUGAAGGGUUGAAAACUGUUCUUUCUAUCAAUCCCAAGUGCAUAUGUGAAGGUCUCAAGAGUAGUGCUCAAAUGGGGAUCGUGGUGAAUAUGACAAGGGCCGCUCUUUUGCCUUCGGAUUGUGGGGUUCAUGCUCCUCCCAUUAGUGACUGUCACAUCUCUUUGCCUCCUUCAGCUGGAGAACCAGUUGGCCCUCCAGACUCAUCAUCACCAGAGCUUCCACCAUCAGAAGAGAGUAAUGGACUUGUCCCAGCUCCAGCCCCAUCCAAAGGAGGAGCAUAUUCAAUUUCUAUCUCUUUCUUGGUCCUCAUGAGCUUGCUUCUUGUUUCAAUCUCUGUUAUCUUAGGGUAGGGUUCUCUUGUUUGAAUGCUAGUAACUUAAUUUGCAUUGCUGGUACUGUUAGGUAGAUAGCUUGCUCGUGAGUCACAUGUAGUACCGAUCGAGCUGUGAUUGCUUGUCUAGCUUGACAUUUUCUUUUCAUUAAUUAAGGUUCUCUGAAUUAA